AGUAUAUGUCUGGAUUCGGCAAUGAGUUUGCCUCGGAGGAUCCUCGCUGCCCAGGUGCCUUACCUGAGGGACAGAAUAAUCCCCAGGUUUGUCCGCACGGUCUGUACGCAGAGCAGCUCUCCGGCUCGGCCUUCACCUGUCCCAGGAGCUCCAAUAAGAGAAGCUGGCUGUAUCGUAUUUUACCUUCUGUCCGCCACAAACCAUUUCAGCCGUACAAGCAGAGUAACCUGACUCAUAACUGGGAUGAAGUGGAACCGGAUCCCAAUCAGGUACUGUGGGAAAAAGAUCGAUAUUUUACAUUGGGUGAUGGAUCGGUCAUUAUAAAUGGGGGUUUGCGCACAAUCUGUGGAGCCGGUGAUGUAAAGUCACGCAAUGGAAUUGCCAUCCAUAUUUACACGUGCAACACCUCCAUGAUUGACAGGUGUUUAAAUAACUCGGACGGCGACUUUCUCAUCGUUCCUCAGCAGGGAAAACUCCUCAUCCUGACGGAAUUUGGGAAGAUUUUGGUGGAGCCCAAGGAGAUCUGUGUAAUUCAGCAAGGCAUGCGCUUCAGCGUGGAGGUCUUUGGGGACUCCAGAGGAUAUGUCCUUGAGGUGUUUGGCGUCCAUUUCGAGCUCCCUGAUCUGGGGCCAAUUGGGGCCAAUGGACUGGCAAACCCCAGAGACUUCCUGACCCCAGUGGCCUGGUUUGAAGACCGGAUUGUGAAAGGCGGCUACACAGUAAUCAACAAGUACCAGGGCAGACUGUUCACCUCCCUGCAGACUUUUCUCCCGUUUAACGUUGCCGCUUGGCACGGGAACUACGCACCCUACAAGUACAACCUGGAUAACUUCAUGGUCAUAAACUGCGUGGCGUUCGAUCAUGCCGACCCGUCUAUCUUCACCGUGCUUACAGCCAAGUCUCUGAGGCCCGGUGUGGCGAUCGCAGAUUUUGUCAUCUUUCCUCCACGCUGGGGCGUGGCAAACCACACCUUCCGCCCGCCAUAUUAUCACAGGAAUUGUAUGAGCGAGUUUAUGGGGCUCAUUAAGGGUCAUUACGAAGCCAAGGAGGAGGGCUUCCAGCCGGGCGGGGGCAGCCUGCACAGCGCCAUGACACCUCACGGGCCGGACUAUGAGUGCUUCGAGAAGGCCAGCAACGCCAAACUGGAGCCUGAGCGGGUGGCCGACGGGACAAUGGCAUUCAUGUUCGAAUCCUCGCUGAGCAUGGCCGUCACCCGCUGGGGGGCUGGAGACCUGCAACCGUCUGGACAAGGAAUAUUACCGCUGCUGGGAGCCCCUCCGCAGCCACUUCAACCCCCCCCAUCGGAGAGUAGGAAGUGA